AUGCAGAUGCAGCUCUUUCACUCCUGCUCUCAGGAGGAUCCGUCUUUUAAUCAUCGUACUAUGAAUUCGGAUCUAGGGUACCUGUUUUCUCCACCCGUCGAGGGUUUGAUCUUCUGUAGAAAUAAUACUAAAGCAAUGAUUGGAAAUCCUAGUACGGGUCAGUUUGUAUCUUUACUACGAGGAGAAAGAACAUAUUAUCUGUUUUUGGAUAUGAUCCAGUUAAUGAUUUGUACAAAGUGUUGUGCAAGACGACAACUAAACGUGGAUCACCACGUUUUUAAUUGGGAAGGUCCUAUGUGGGAGGAGUCUAUGUCAGAGGAGCAUCAAGUUUUCACUCUAGGAGCAAAACAAAAAUGGAGAAUGCUCGAAUGUAAGUAUACUCAUCGUCAUUAUCCUAGAUCUCAAGGGAUAUGCUGGAAUGGGGUUGUGUAUUAUUUAGCUUCUUUCAACGAUAAACGAUCUUUAAUGAGCUUCGAUCUGAGAUCUGAAGACUUUAAUGUUAUUAAGCUACUUAAGAAUCAUAAACUACAAGAGUAUGGUAAAUUGGUGGACCACACUGGAAAGAUAACUAUAAUGUGUCAUGCAAGUAAUGGUCUACUUGACCUGUGGGUUCUGGAAGAUGCCAACAAAGGAGAAUGGUCAACAGCUGCUGCCGUGAUUCCUUCUAUUGAAGAUUUAGUUGGCAAUCGUGAACAUGUGUUCAGUGGUAUACUUGGUAUUGGUGAGAUUAUACUUGUACCGCUCCUACCUCCUAACACGUUUUUUUUCCUCUGUUACGAUCCUAAGGAAAAAAAUGCUAGAAAAGUUGUGAUUGAAAGUAUUGGAGAAGCUGCUCAUGUCAGGGUCUUUUUCGAUUAUGUAGAGAGUCAUAUGGUUCUGACAAAGGUAAGUUAA